AUGCUCACGGUCAUCAAGGCUACUCUCGUACUGUCGGAAUCCUUCGAUGCUUGCGUUUGGGCAAUGGCGUCCUGUGCCUUCUUCAGUAUGAUGCGGUUCGGCGAAGUCUCUGUUGCUUCCCGAUCAGCCUUUAGUCCAUCCAAACAUCUCACGUCAAAGACAGCGAGGGCCGGGGAAACGCAGUCUAUUUUUCUAAACGAGCAGGGAGAUUUAUGCCCGUUGGCAGCUCUCCGCAAUCUGGUAUCAGUUGUCCCCGCCCUCGCAGAUGACCCUCUGUUUUCGUGGCACGACGCCAAGGGUGAGGUCCACCCGAUGGUGAAAGUUCGCGCUAUGGAACGAAUCAACUCAAUUUUGAUGGGAUGCGGGUGGGGCACUUCAUUCGGUCACUCGUUUCGCAUAGGGGGCGCUUCAUUCUAUCUGGCAAAGAAGGUCGACCCCGAAAUAGUUUGAAUCGCCGGCCGAUGGAAAUCGUUGGCAUACGAGACUUACAUCCGCGCGUUCGAACAGAUCUCCUCCCAGCAUUUGGCUAAUGCCACGUUUCUCUAACCAUCGCCUCCACGUUUUUGGUUGGGCUACGCAGCUUUGAGCCGCGGGUCGUUCCGGGUCGUUGGGUGAGCGGCUCCACCUGCUUGCGUCCCAUCCCGAGCUAACGCUCGGUCCAGCCCAACCUAAUAGAUCGUGUCACCGACUCUUGAGCCAGUCGAAGCCGGAGCGUAGUAAUAAGGAGCCAAUAAGAACAACGGAUAUGCGCCUACACCAGUUAGGUAUCGAGCUGAAACCCAACGCUACUCACCACACACGAAAUCCACAACAUAACCACCGAGUGCUCCUUGUCAAUUUCAAAUGCUACUGACCGUCUAGACAUAUCAGGGAUGCUUAACGGAGCAAAAAAAGCGUAACUUAGUGUG